GUUUGCGGUUGUCGCCGGAAGGUCGCUUGCCUUUCUCUCUCUCUCUUGCAGAUGACCAGAGAUCUUUGUCACCUAACUUGAAAAAUAGUUGGGAAGUUGAGGUUUUCAAGGAGGAGCUGGGAUCGCAGGAAACUCCCCGAUUCCCUCCAAGAUGGGGGCUGCUCAAUUUUGAAGCAAUCGGACGGAGCAUCAGUUUCCCUUUGCUUCUCCCUUGCUGCUGCUGCUUUUGCCAAGGCGAUUGGUAGUACAGUAUACACAUAAUAUAUCCAUCCCUGCAUGAAACCCGAUGACUUCUGCAGGCGCCGUUUCCUCCCGGUGCCAUGAAGGAAAAGGCGAGGAAGAAGAGGGGAAAGUGCCUCCUUCUGCAGCAUGUUCCGCGUGAGCAAGCCCAGCAUCCCCAGACCCUUCGCCAAGAACUUGGAGGCUCUGGAUUCCGUGGAGAGCAUCCUGCUCCAUAGUGGCCUUGAACCCGAAUGGCUGGACAGCGUGCAGAAAAAUGGAGAAUUGUUCUAUCUAGAACUGAGUGAAGAUGAAGAAGAAACUGUCCUUCCUGAUAGCCCUCUCAAUGUGCCUGUGGUGAAUCAUGUCAGGUUUCGUGAAAAUGAAGUUGAAGUUAUUCAGGAGAGAUCUCGAAAAAACAGAAAGAGUAAAUGCAGACUGGAGAAGUUCACUAAAAUGUUACAAAAUAAAGGCCUUUUGUUGAGACAUUCUGAUAAGAAGAAAACAAGUAUGCAAGGUCAUGCCCCUGCCUCUGGUCCAGCUUCCAUAUUGAAACACCAUUCCACUCAGAAGAUGACAGAUGUAGUCCAACAACAGUACAAAGAAAUCUGCAUUUAUAUAAAUCCAAAGAGGCUAUCGAAUGUUGAAACAGGGGAAGAACUCAAACUCUUAGAAUCAUUAAUAGGGAUUAUCCAUCAGUCUCCAUGGAAGAAAGAAGAAAGGUAUAGAGACAGUUCUAAUGAAGAAAAACUUGUGGUACAUGGAUUAAUACCAGGCAGCCCAGCAAUAAAAUGUGGUCAUAUCUUGAAUGGAGAUGUCCUUGUUGCAAUAAAUGAUGUUGAUGUAAACUCUGAAAAUAUAGAAAGAAUUUUGUCCUGUGUUCCUGGUCCUAUGCAGGUAAAACUGACAUUUGAAACAUCAGUCUUUGAACCACCUGGAACAUCCCAACAUAGCUGUAGGCAGGUAGAAUCUUCCAUGAGUAACCUGCUGAAAGUAUUGUGGAAAGAUCAAAGCACUGAUCCUCAGUUCUCUAUCCAAAGUAUACCACAUAUUAUUAUGUAUCUGUCACUUAAAUUGGAUUCUGAUACAUCAAAGGAUGAGCAAGAAAUCCUUUACCAAUACCCCAUAUCGGAAGCCUCCCAAAAACUGAAAAGUGUAAGAGGCAUAUUUCUCACGCUGUGCGAUAUAUUGGAAAAUAUGACAGGAACUCAUAUUAUUAGUUCUUCCAUGUUUUUAUGUGGGAAACUGAUCCAUGUGGCUUACUGGAAGGAAUCUGACAACCUUCUUGUCAUUGGUCUCCCAGCUGAAAGUGUUCCUCUUUCUCAGCUAAGGAACAUGAUUACUGAUGUUGUCAAAAUUCUGACAUUCAUGUACAGUUCUCUGGACAGUGCUUUUUGUCUAGUAGAAAACACUUCACGGUUGGAUCAUUUCUUCAGCCUGUUCUUCCAGCAAGCCCUUCAGCCCACAAGGCUUAACUCAGAUGCCAGUCUAAGUAGUCACCAAUAUGAUAGCUGCAGUGCGUUACUUUUAUACAACUUUCCAGGGGUACGGUGGUUAUUGUUGCCACAAGAAAUUAAGAUAGAAAUUGAUACAAUUCUUAGUGACUUGGAGGCAGCAGACUUUGGAGAACUAUCUGAAGAUUAUUAUGACAUGAGACGAUUGUAUACGAUUUUGGGCUCCUGUCUCUUCUACAAGGGAUAUUUAAUUUGUACUCACUUACCAAAAGAGGACCUCAUUGAUAUUGUCUUGUAUAGCAGGCAUUAUGGCCUCUUGCCAUUGGCAUCAGAACAGCGAAUAGGUCAGUUAGUAGUAUGGCGAGAAGUGUUUCCACCAUAUCAUCUUCAACCAUGUAAGACUUCUUGUGAAGGAUACAGAGAACCCAAAGCAAGAUACUUUUUACUUAUAGUUGGUUUGAAACACUUCAUGUUGAGUGUUUUGCUGGAAGCAGGAGGCUGUUCUUCCAAAGCCAUUGGAAACCCAGGACCAGAUUGUAUAUAUGUAGAUCAGGUCAAGGCAACUAUCCUUCAGUUGGAUGGAAUAAAUUUGUGCAUAGAUGAGAUACUCGAAUCCCCUUCUACUCCGCUGGUGUCCUGUGUAGAUUGGUUCCUCCCUUCUUCCCAUGACAAAUUAGAAAGUUUGACCACUUUGUCUCUUCUCAACAAACUGCAUCAUACAACAACCUCCAUAACUUCUUCAGGAAACAAAAGAGUGAUUUCUGGCAGUUCUGGGCCUAAUCCAUUAAGAAAUAGUGGAUGUUCUGAUAUCGGCAGCAGUGGUCUUGAAAUAGGAAGUGGAAGCGUGAACCCACAUGCUGUGCAACUUAAAGGUCAUGGUGGAUUUGAUGGAAGUAAUAGUCUCUUUAAGAUCACUAAAAAGAAGCAUAUUCUUCCAAACCCAUUCAAUGUAGGAACCUUGAAAAGGAACCUUUCAGAUAAAGAAACCGAAUUCUAUAAUGUUAUGAAGCUGACAUCUGGUCCUGAGAAUACCCUCUUUCACUAUAUUUCUUUAGAAACAAUGCAUGGAAUUUUUAUCGCUCCAACACAUGCUGAAGUAGGACAGCUAGGAGGAACUAUCCAUCCUCAACUCAUCAAGAACUUCCAUCGCUGUUGCCUUUCCAUCCGUGCAAUUUUCCAGGAAACCAUGACUAAAAAAGCUGAGAAAAAGUCAAGAGCCACAAAAGCCUCUGACUUGAAUAAAGUGAAGGAACAUGGUGUACUCUUUGAAUGUUCUACUGACAACUGGACUGAUAAAAGGAAACCCCCACCAAGUAUAAUGUAUUGGGUUGUAGGGAGACUUUUCCUAGAUCCAAAACCUCGAGAGUUUUAUGUCUGCUUUCAUGACUCGGUCACAGAGAUUGCUGUUGAAUUGGCAUUCAAGCUAUCCUUUGGCUUAGCUCUGUAGAUGGAUUUAGCUGUACAGCCAUUGGAAAGGGAGCUCUAAAACUUCCAAGGAAAUCAAUUGUGCAUAUAUCCUUCAAGACCUCAACCAACUGAAUGUAAUGUUCCAUGCAAAAUGUAAUAGACUAGGAUCUUUGUGGCACAUUUGGAAUCCUGGGGAUAAAAGUUAAAUGGGGAAAUGUGAGAUGUUAUUUCUUCUCAGGUUAUCCUAUAUACAAAAGGAGCGACUACCUUACUUUAAAGGGCUAAAAUACUUUGUAAUACAAAAUAAUACUACAUAUCAUUAUGUAAAUUUAAAAAUAUUACUUGUUAUAAAGUAAAAUUGAGUGCAGAAAAGAAAGGGAGGGAUUUACCAUUUUGUUUUAGAAAUCUGUAUGUAAGCUAUUUUUGUAUGUUUUUUUUUACAAUAAAGGCAUAUGUUUGCAAAACAA